GUAGACCAGUGGGGACCAGUGGGGACCAGUGGGGACCAGUGGAACAGUGAAGACCAGUGGAACAGUGAAGACCAGUGGAACAGUGAAGACCAGUGGAACAGUGAAGACCAGUGGAACAGUGAAGACCAGUGGAACAGUGAAGACCAGUGGAACAGUGAAGACCAGUGGAACAGUGAAGACCAGUGGAACAGUGAAGACCAGUGGAACAGUGAAGACCAGUGGAACAGUGAAGACCAGUGGAACAGUGAAGACCAGUGGAACAGUGAAGACCAGUGGAACAGUGAAGACCAGUGGAACAGUGAAGACCAGUGGAACAGUGAAGACCAGUGGAACAGUGGAACAGUGGAACAGUGGAACAGUGGGUACAGAGGACCAGAGGAACAGUGGGUGCAGAGGACCAGUUGAACAGUGAGUACAGAGGACAAGAGGAAUAGUGGGCACAGAGGACCAGUUGAACAGUGGCUACAAAGGACCAUUGAAACAAUGGCCACAGAGGACCAGUGAACAGUGGCUAUAGAGGACCAGUGGAACAGUGGAACAGGGGCUUCAGAUGACCAGUGGAACAGUGGAACAGUGGAACAGUGGAACAGUGGAACAGUGGAACAGUGGAACAGGGACUUCAGAGGACCAGAGGAACAGUGGAAAAGUGGGUACAGAGGAAGAGUAAAACAGUGGGUAUAGAGGACCAGUGGAACAGUGAGUAUAGAGGACAAUAGGAACAUUAGGUACAGAGGACAAGAGGAAUGGUGGGUACAGAGGACAAGAGGAACAGUGGGUAUAGAGGACUAGAAAAACAGUGCGUACAGAGGACAAGAGGAGCAGUGGGUACAGAGGACCAGUGGAACAUUGGGUACAGAGGACCAGUGGAAUAGGGAGCACAGAGGCUCAGUGGAAUAGUGGUACAGAGGAACAUUGGAACAGCGGAACAGUGGAACAGCGGGUA